AUGGACGAGACCGGAUCUCGACAGCCCCGACAGUCAGAAAUGACGCCCUCGAAUGCGCGUACGAUAACUAAGGAUCUACCAGUCAAGUUGGCCUCGCUUGACCAAGCGCUGCAGCCAUUUCGCCAUUCCUAUACCCACACGGAUCGAAUUCUCGAUGUAUUUGGUUUGGUCCUCCAACGCGUGUACGAUUGUCGCGAGAAGUCUCCGGAUGCGCUGCCAUCAACAGAGUACCAACAGCACAUCCAUGCCCCAUGGAUUCAAACUUUACAGUGGCUUCGCGAUCCCGAAGCCUUUCGCUAUGCUGACCCGGAAUCACUGCAAGUAGCGCAGCUGAUGGCCAAGCAAGACCCAGUCCGCAUCUGGUUCGAGCUAGACUCGCAUGUUCGACAAGAUAUCUUCGGUGGCAAUCCAUACGACGUUGUGAUAGAUCUCGGGCUAGGGUACACCAAAGUCAAAAGGGGACUGAAGUGGCUGGUUGACUGCGCUACUCUCAGUUUGUCAGAAGAAUCUCAGUGGUCGAAGGAGAAAGAUACUGCGAUGGCAAAUUUGACGGCUGUCGCAACCUGCGGGCCGGUCUACGGUCUAGCGGAGUCGAAUUCUUCUCUCGAUUAUUCCCACGAACUUUUCGGCCCCGGAGGCGUACUGUGGUCGGUAAUGGAGGUCUUCACCCGCGAACCGGGUAACUUUAGCGGUAUUGUGGGUAUACUGGAUAUGGUCAUGCAGCAGACUUUCAACGUUGCCCUCCUUUUCAGGUACUCUUAUGAGCACGAUGAUCGUUCGAGCAAUCAGAAACCGGCAUACAAAUGGUAUGCAAUGGGCCUAGAGGAAGCGCGGACGAAGUACAUAUACUCUGUGGAAUGUCAAGAUCCUCAAGCACUGAUGCCAUAUCAUGUUCGAGAUGGCCUAAAGAACAUCGACUUCAUUGGGCUUUGGGACACUAUAUGGGAGAAGGCAUACGAUAUGAGUCUUAAUUUCGAUUCCGAUCCACUAGAUCUGGAGUUCAACAUGUCCCUUUGGGUUGUGGGACAAAUGAGGCUUCCAUCCUCCGAUCCUAGACCCUGGAUACCGCUCGCCAACGUGGCUCUUAUCACCGAAAGGCGGUGUAAGGAGUAUGAGAUGAGCAGAGAAGGCGGUCUGAAUAUCGCGCCAGUUGACCUCUAUACACCUGCAGGAGAUUUUCAUAUACCAAAUUUCGCCAACAAAAUAGACGUAGAAGCUAUACUACGCAGCCGAGGACCGCGAUUCUCGUCGACAGGGCGGGGUCAUCGCUUCUAUGAUGAGGAUGACGACUCGGACACAUUCGAUGCAGAUGACGAAGAACACGAAUUCCCAGGUUUCACCGUCGACGAUACCGCCAGCGUCGAACCUUACGGCCCUACAAUUUCUCUCAUUGAUCUUGCUACUGACGCAACAACAAUCCCCGAGGAUCAAUGCUGUACAAUCUGUAUGGAAGAUCAUGUCGAUGGUACUAGACGCUCGGAAACUGUGAAGCUCAAUACGUGCGGACAUCUGUUCCACUACGACUGCAUCUUCGAAUGGCUCAACGGGACGUCUUCCAAUAGCAACCUUUGCCCGGAAUGCCGUAUUCAGUUCAGCGAGCAGCGUAGACCGGUACGACCAAUUCAACCGGCAUCAGUGUCGUCCUCAGAAUCUGGUGAUACGUGGGUUGUGUCCAGCGACGAGUUUGAAGAUGAAGAAGAGCGAAGCCUUGAGCCGAUUUCCCAGCAAAAUCGAGCUGAUGGCGAUGCCGUGAACGAGACGGAAGAGACCUCAGCUCACGGAGAUACACCAGCUCAGCCUGCCACGACGGGAGAAUCAGCUUUGGAAUACAUGACCCUUCCGCAGAGAUUCAUAGUGUACGAAGGCGAUGCGAACCUGGGGGAUAAUGAUGAGGAAGAGGACAACGACCACGAAGACCUCAACGACUCUCACAACACCUCCUCUUCUUCUACUUCAUCCCCAGAUGCCGGACUCAGCGAUCCGCAAGAAAACGUAUCCGUUCCCGCAAAUACUAGGCGGCAGAACCGUAUUCUUAGCAUUGAUUACAGUGCGAUUUGGGACGGACACGCAUUCUCAGACGAACCAAAUGACGAGGAUGAAGAAGGGUUUGGCGAAUGGAUGGACGAUCAUGACAGGUUGACCUAG